AUGGCGGUCGCCCUAGAACGAGUCCCUCCUGGGGCAUGCUGUAGAUGGAUAUCUAUCCUUAGCAGUAAUAGAUCCGCAGUGGCAGCAAUCAGCCAACCCCGCCAGCAAUCUGGUCAAGAAACCAUCCAGCGGAUAUAUAAGCAGAUUGAGACCUUAUACCGGCGAGGAAACGCAGUAAAUGCAAUCUGGAUACCAGCACAUGCAGAUAUCAACUUGAAACAACGAGCAAAAGCUGAAGCACAGAAAGCGACAGGAACAGAGCAUCUGCCGGAGAAACAACCAUCCCAAGCUAGAUCAACUGCUAUCAGGCUCGCCCUUGCGGAACGGCAGCUAGAAUGGACUCUCCCAGAGAAUGUUGGUAAAUACUCAAAGGCUGUAGAUGCAGCUCUUCCAGGAAAACAUACAAGGAGCUUGUACGACAGAUUGAACCGGAAAGAGGCAAAAAUCCUGGCCCAGCUUCGGACAGGAAUGACAGGGCUCAACAGCUACUUGAAUAGGAUAGGCGCAGCAGACUCCGAUCUCUGCGCAUGUGGACAAGCAAGUGAGACAGUGGAACAUUUCCUAUUCCGCUGCACAAAAUGGACAGCGAUGAGAGAAGGCAUGAACCAAUGCACAGAGUCGAGACGAGGUAACCUGUCCUUCUUCCUAGGCGGAAAAUCACGCUCCGACCCGGAUCGAUGGCAACCAGACAUGAAGGCCGUCCAGGCAGUAAUCAAGUACGCAAUUGCAACAGGAAGAUUAGAACAGGAACCCGAAGCCGGACCUCCAUCAACAUAG